CACAUGUGAACUAACAACAAAGCCAUCUUCUCUUUCUUUCUUCUGUGGCUCUGUGUGCUGCUGCUGCUUUCUAUUCUAUAUAAGCCCACCUUCCACUCGCCUCUCGCACUCAACACAACACAACCUAGCUAUUAUGAAGCAAAACUCUCUUGUGUUGCUCAUCUUCCUCAGUUUUCUUCUUCUUUCCUCGACUUCUGCUCGUAUCCUACCACCUAAACAAGUUGGAAAAGAGAGAAGGGGUCAUGGGAUUACUCAGUUACCAGGAACUUCAUUCACAGAGAAAAAGGAUGAUGUUUCCCAUCUCAUGGGGUCAGAGGUAGAUGAAUGUGUAGAAGGAGAUGAAGAAUGCUUCCAAAGAAGGAUGGUAGCAGAGGCUCACUUGGAUUACAUCUACACCCAACACCAUAACAAGCCAUAACUAUAACUAUAUGUCUACAUACAUGAAACAAAUAUCGAAUCAUAAUUUGUAAAAAGUAUUACACCAUAUAUAGUUUGAGAUACCAAUAUUAUAUAUGCAGCUAAGCUCAUACCCUCCUUGUAACAGAAGAAAAGUUGUUAAAUGAAUAUCCUUUUUCCGGAUGAAUACAAACUAAUUUAGUUGUUGAUUCUGUCA